AUGGCGGACAUACCAGCUCCAACUCCUAUCACCGAGUGGCCGGACUAUGCCGUUGACCCCAAUGGUGGAAAUGUCAUGACCACCGAUCUCAAUGCACUCUACGACAAGGGCGAUCUAUGCUGGGUGCUGGUCAGCACAGUACUAUGUUGGCAAAUCACGCCCGCGAUCGGUUUCUUAUACGCAGGAAUGCACCGCCGAAAAGCAGCUCUCACUAUGAUCUUCCAAUCCCUCUUUUGCGCAUGCGCUGUUGGCAUCCAGUUCUGGGUUUAUGGUUACUCUCUCUAUCAGUCACACACCACCGGGCCGUUUCUGGGAGAUUUGUCAAAAGCAGGUUUACACAACACUCUUGCCUCGCCUUCGCUCGCGAAUCCCGAUAUCCCGGAUAUUCUCUACGCUGCCUUUGGUUUCACAUUCGUCACCUGCACCGCAAUGAUUCUGGCGGGAGCGAUGCUCGAGCGAGGCCGUUUAGGGCCUUCAAUGCUCUUCUUGCUCUGCUGGACCACAUUUGUAUACUACGUGUUGGCAUAUGCGGAAUGGAAUCCUAGUGGUUGGCUUUACAAACUCGGUGUUCUCGACUUCGCGGGUUCCGGUCCUGUGCAUAUUGCGUCUGGUUUUUCUGCCCUAGCAUGGGCUGUCAUGCUGGGUCCGCGUAUCGAUCCACACAAGGAGUCGCACCAUCCCAAGAUCCCGCACUUCAAACCUCACAGUCCUUUCCUUGUUGGGCUUGGCACGAUAUUAAUCUGGUUUGGAUGGUUUGCAUUCAAUGGUGCCUCAGGUGCUAACAUCACUAUACGCUCCGUCUACAUCAUCUGCAACACCAAUCUCGCAGCCUGUGGUGGUGGCAUGGCAUGGGUCUUACUGGAAUACAUGUUCACCCGCAAGUUCUCUAUCAUCGGCUUUUGCUCAGGCAUCAUCUCCGGCCUCGUCGGUAUUACACCAGCUUGCGGGUUUGUACCAGUUCAAACAUCGGCGCUGAUCGGUGCUCUCACCGCUUGUGCCUCCUUCUUCACAGUCCGAUACAAGUACCUCCUCCGCAUCGACGAAGGUCUCGACAUCUUCGCUAUACACGGCGUCGGCGGUUACGUCGGCGACAUCAUGACUGGCUUCUUUGCAGCACCCUACGUUCCUGCCAUGGACGGCGUAAGCAACUUCUACGAAGGUGGCUGGUGGGCCAGAAAUUGGAAACAGAUGGGGUACCAGCUGGCUGCUGCGACUACAUGUGCGGCAUGGUCCUUUGUGAUCUCGGUCAUCUUACUGUUCAUCAUCAACAAGAUUCCCGGUUGCCAUAUCCGCGCGGCUGAGGACGACGAACUGAAGGGACUGGACUACAGGUAUUUCAGUGAUGCGGACGAAGACAUGAUGAUUUUGACUGGAUAUGGGCCUAGGACUCCUGGUUUAGCGGCGUCGGGCAUUGUGAGCGGAUCUGAUAGUCAUCAGGAUGUGCCUGUCGUGACGGAGAAGCGGGAAUGA